UCAACGGCGACCUUCAUUCCUUUCGUUGAAUAGCUGCACCGAGCUACGCCUGUCACGAGCCCCGUCCCGCGAGUAACAACAAUGUGUUAACCAGGAACCAGACGAGCGAAGGCGUCCGCAUAUCUGCUCUCUAUUUCGUGUAUUUUAUUUUAUUCUCAUUUUGUUGUCGUUGCACCAAGGAGCCUGGGGAGGGGAAACAAACAAAAAAAGGAAUUAUUCUCGUGUUUGACCUCAUCCGCAGUCGGGAGUGUUUAAAUAUCUAUAUGCUAUAGUAUGUCACGACACCAGCAAAGGACGCCGUUUAAAAUCACGGACGACGUGGUGGAGGUCAAGAGCAAAUUUGAGGCAGAGUAUCGUCGUUUUGCGUUAAAGAGAAAUGGUCUCGGCAGCUUCCGGGAGUUCUACCGCCUGCUUCAGACCGUCCACUGCAUCCCAGGUGUGGACGUCUUGUUAGGAUACGCCGAUGUCCACGGAGACCUGCUGCCCAUCAACAACGAUGACAACCUGCACAAGGCGGUGACCUCGGCGAAUCCUCUGCUCCGCAUUAUCAUAACCAAAAGAGAGGAUGAGCCUGCGAUCUUUGCCACCAAUUCCCUCCAGAGGCGUAAGAAGGGGUUGGGCUUGACUGGCCUCCGAGGCACAACCGGCUCGAGCUCCACUAACCAGAAAAACAGACCGGGCCUUCUGAUUAGCUUGCCCCAGGACUUCAGACAGAUUUCAUCUAUCAUCGAUGUUGACAUCUUGCCAGAGACGCACCGACGGGUACGACUCCACAAACAUGGUACCAACAAACCCCUGGGUUUCUACAUCCGUGACGGAGUGAGCGUACGUGUGACCCCACAGGGCGUAGAAAAGGUCCCCGGGGUGUUCAUAUCUCGUCUGGUACACGGUGGGCUGGCUGAGAGCACUGGGCUGCUGGGGGUUAAUGAUGAGAUCCUGGAAGUCAAUGGCAUUGACGUGGCUGGAAAAUCUCUGGAUCAGGUGACAGACAUGAUGGUGGCUAACAGUCACAACCUUAUCAUCACAGUGAAACCAGCCAACCAGAGGAAUAACGUGACGCAUCAUAGGAGUAAGACGUCGGUCUACAAUGCCUCUAUGGGCUCAGUUGGGAGCACAGGCCCUGUCUCAUCACAUGAGUCACCAUGCCAUGCAUCUCAGAGCACCAUCACUAGUGCAAGUAACAGUCUCAUGGAGGGCAACAGUGAGGAUGAAGAUGAUGACAGUGACUUCAUCAUCGAAAAUGACAGCCUGAUGCCUUACGUUUCCGACAGCGUAACCAAUGGCAACAACUGCAAUUACAACAGAGACUUUUCAAGCAACAUGCAGCAUGGCUCAAUAGCGACCGUCCCUACAGAGUGAGUCUAUGUCCAACAGGCUUAGAGAGAACGAUGGCUUAAUGGCCGUGUUUAGUCUUAAUGGGAGCCCCCCCCCACACAUGACCAGCAGCAGCUCAGAGAGCGUGGAUGGGUUCCAUACCGUCACAUCUGCUGUAACCAUUACAACUGCUGUACUCACAACCACGGACAGAAAUGCGUGGUUCCAUAAUACUUUAAAAGAACUUUUACCAUUUACUACUAUCUUUUCUCCCAUUAUGAGACUAGAUCAUGCAUUUUUUGUUUGUUUGUUUGUUUUGUUUUUUUUUACUUUCUUUUCAAGAGUAGGAUACAAAAGAGAGGGUUUUGGCUUGGAUUUGGUCCAGGGCAGACAGGGAUAUGAAUGGCCUCAAGGGCUCCAAUGCCUCUGACCACAAUUAAUUUAUUGGAUUUGACUUUCUUCCCUGUCAUAAAUAUAGCUUCAUUGUUGGAACAAUUUAUAGUGAUGGGGAUAUAUUUUAAAGCCUUUGAUGAUGGACAUUGGAACAUAAGAUGUCAUAAUGCUGUGAUGCACUUGAGUCUUUAUUAUGACCCUGUAAUACCUGCUUUUAAAGUGUCUUCGCAUGAAACCUGGUGAUGAAAAUGGAAAGUAUAUGGGAAGGUGGGUAAACAGAUAGACUUUUGACAUAGACAAUAUUUCACAGCUAGGUCGCACAUGGCAUGUGUAUUAUAUGCUAUUUUGUUAAAUAACAAAGAUUGAAUCAUCAUUUGUACAUGCCUCAGCUGUUAUGAAGUGCUUGUUCAGAAAUAUAAGUGCCAUUUAAAGUAACAUUUAUGUAUAGUGUGUAUUCUCACAUGUUUGGGUUUCUGCCAGAAAUAUAUUUUGGAAGAACUAGAUUGAAAAGAAAUUUUAAAACGUGAUAAUCUUGUUAUGUGGGACUCAAACUGGGAAAUGUAAUCUCUCAUGCUCAUUAAAAUGUGAUUGUACAUAAUCAAAUACCUGACACAGACACACAGCUGUGUAUUGCAUUGAGACUAAUGGCUUCCUCCAUUAUUGCCUCACAGUCGAAUCUUUCAGAUAGAUACUAUGUUUUAUUGUAUCAUCACUCUGUUUCUUGCUCCCUCUUUUACCUACAAUUUUGAUUUAGAGAAAAAAUAACUUUCAACCUAACAAUUUUUAAACUACUUGACGAAAUAAACAAAUCUAAACAAACAUAAAGCUAGUUACAAGAUCAAUACCAUAUUGGUUUCAAAUUCAAACAGUUGAACAUUGUUGAAUAUUACACAAUAGCAUCUGACAGAUAAUCACAAACUCUGGUCAAAUCCUCUAGUUUCGUGAAGACCCUUAAUGGGCCUGUAUGGUCACAGC